CACGACAAACCCCAGGUCAGCACCAGGCUGUAGACUCAGCACGCCGCGAGAUAGAUUCAAUGCCGACAUCCGCGUUAUCACACUCAUAGGUUACUUUUCGCGCCCGGUGUUACCGCAAUGGCUUUCCAGGGGGCUCUCGAACUGCCGGCGGAAGCAAACCCGCUAACUGAGGGUAUCCUUUUUCACGUGCUCCGCUCUGCAUCGUCAAGUGAUCCACAGCAAGUCCAGACUGGAACGAAGCAGCUUCAAAAAUGGCAAACAGAGAAGGGAUUUUACCCUAUGCUGCAGGCUGCCUUUAUAGACAAGUCUCUCCCCCUCGAGGUCCGCUAUUUAGCAAUCAUCCAACUCAAGAAUGGUAUCGACAAAUAUUGGCGUAAGACGGCUAUGAAUGCGGUCAGCAAGGAGGAUAAAGCAAUUAUCCGUUCGAGACUGCUCGAAAGCGGCGUAAGCGAAGUGGACCAAAGGCUCGCCCUGCAAAAUGCUCUAGUGAUUGCAAAGAUUGUCCGAUUUGAGUACCCUUCUGAUUGGCCCGAUGUCAUCAACCAAGUUCUCGAGCUUCUGCGCAAUUCAACCUCACCUACUGCAAACCGCCUGUACCUCCCUCGGACUCUUCUGAUUCUCCUUCACAUUGUCAAGGAUUUGGCGACUGGUCGUCUUAUCAGGCUGCGCUCGAACCUUCAAUCGAUUUCUCCCGAAGUAUUCCGCGUCCUUGGUCAUAUUUACAUGGAAAAGGCGCAGCAGUGGCAAGCAUGGCUGCAUAAUGGAGGCGAUAAUGAAGGCGGAGCAAUCGAAAGCAUGGAACAAAGCCUCCUUUCAAUCAAAAUAAUACGCCGUCUGCUAAUUGUGGGUUUUGAAUUCCCAAACCGGGAGAGCGACAUACAGCAAUUCUGGGCCAUUGUACGGAACCAGCUAGGAGAAUUCCUCACUUUCGCCACGCAGUCGAUUCCCGAGCAUUUGAAGCUUCUUGUCGAGAAACAUCUUAUGCAGCUUUCUAAGCUUCAUCUUGAGAUGGCCAAAACCCAUCCAGCUGCCUUUGUACUGCUUCCAGACUCACUCAGUCUUGUCAAGGCUUACUGGGGCUUGGUAGUCAAGUUUGGAGAAGACUUUGGCACUUCUCUCCCUUCUUCCGGGAAAAUCGGAACAGAUGGCGAUGCGGAUGAUGAAGUGAAGACCAUCAUGGAACGCCUUAGUCUCAAGGGACUGCUAUUGAUCCGCGCUUGCAUUAAGAUGGUCUUCAACCCGGCCCAGACGUUCAAAUACCGUCACGAACAGGAAAAACAAGAGAAAACCGAAGCCACGCAGCUUGUCAAGCAGCAAUUGCUUCAAGAGGAUUUUAUCCGGGAAAUGAUGGAAACUGCGGUCACCCGUUAUUUCGUCUACCAGUCCAGCGACUUGCGCCAAUGGGAAGAAGAACCAGACGAGUGGGAGAGGCGCGAAGACAUGGAAGGAGACGACUUUGAGUUCUCUGUUAGGUCCUGCGCAGAGAAGCUCUUCCUGGACCUUUCCAUUAACUUCAAAGAUCUGCUUGUUCAACCGCUGCUCAACGUCUUCUAUUCCGUCGCCUCGCCAGACAACGAGAAUGUUCUUUUCAAGGACUCGGUUUAUACGUCCGUUGGUCUGGCUGCCCCGGUUCUUCACGAACACCUCGACUUCGACGCCUUCAUCCGCUCAACGCUGGUUGUGGAGGUCCAGAAGCAACAACAGGGCUAUAACCUUCUUCGCCGCCGCAUUGCCAUCUUGCUCGGUCAGUGGAUAACGAUAAAGGUCUCGGAGGAAAGCAGACCUCUCGUCUAUCAGAUCUUCCAACACCUAUUGAACAAGGACGACCCACUCAAUGACCACGUCGUUCGAGUGACUGCUGGUAGACAGUUCAGAAAUAUCGCCGAUGACUGGGAGUUCCAGGUCGAAUCUUUCUUGCCAUACGCACCCGACAUCCUGUCACGCUUGAUGGCAUUGAUUGAAGAGGUAGAGCUGACCGAAACGAAGAUGGCGUUACUAAACACCAUUAGCGUCAUUGUUGAGAGGCUCGAGCAUCAUAUCACGCCCUAUGCCAACAGCAUUGUCUCUUUAUUACCGCCUUUAUGGGAUCAAUCUGGGGAGGAGCAUCUCAUGAAACAAGCCAUUCUCACCAUGCUCGCUCGCAUCAUCAACGCUAUGAAGGCCGACUCUCUGCCAUAUCACUCGCUAGUCAUACCUAUCAUUAAGGGAACUCUCGAGCCCGGAUCCGAGACACAACUGUAUCUGCUGGAGGAUGCUCUAGAACUCUGGCAUUCCAUUCUCGUUCAGACACCAGCACCAGCAUCUCAGGACAUACUCUCUCUGGCCCCGUACCUUAUUUCGACCUUGGAGCUUGGUACUGACAGUCUCCGCAAGACAUUGGAAAUUGCCGACACAUAUCUGAUCCUUGCUCCGGCUGAGAUGUGUUCAGAUGCUCUUCGAACUCAGCUUUUGCAGUCCCUUGCAUCUCUUUUGGGUCAACUCAGGGCUGAAGCUAACGGCCUGGUUACGCACCUUGUGGAGACAUUUGUCAGAACCGCCGAACUCCUCGGUGGAGAGCAGGCAGUAGAGAUUCUGACGGGCGACAUGAUCCACACCGGCUUCUUCGGCAAUCUCCUUGACGGCCUGAAGGGCGCCUGGGAAGCCCACCAGAAGACCGGACCAAAUGCUAGAGAGUCUGCUGUAGACGGUCUCGUUGAAACCGACUAUUUCACUGUCAUCGCGCGGAUGUGUCUCGCCUCACCGAGCAUCUUGCUCUCAGCUCUCGAAGCGGUGCAGACCGGCACUGACGCCAACGACAUGCAGGAUCCCGAAGAGUCGCUCGAUGGCCGCAUGAAGUGGCUGCUUGAGGAAUGGUUCGACCACUUCGAGAACAUCGCCGCGCCUGUCAGCAAGAAGCUCAUGUGCUUGGCUCUCACGAAACUGCUGGAGACAGGCAAAGGCUGGAUCCUGAUCAAGCUCCAAGACCUCAUGACCAUGUGGACGGACCUCAUCAUCGAGCUGACAGACGGACAAGAAGACACGAGCGUCGACUGCCUCGUCUGGCACCAAGACACGCCCCAGGUCUCGGGCCCCGAGCCCCCGGACGACGUCCGCCGCCGCAACCUCAUCUACUCUGACCCCGUGCACACGGUCAACAUCCUGCAGUUCGUGCGCGAGCACCUGGCGCAAGCGAUUGCGGUAUGCGGCGGCGAGGAACGCUUCCGCGAUGAGUGGCUGGUCAACGUGGACAAGGAGGUUGUGCAAGCGUUUGGCAAGCUGGGCAUCAUGUAGAGUAGGGAGUGAGGAACUGGAGAGAUAUGAGCGAGAGAGAGGAUUGCAGAGUUAGCAUGGCGGAGAGCCGAAAUAGACUUGAUUUGUCUGCAGGGGUUGUUCUGGCGAAAGUGUGCCUAUGUUUGAGGUUUGCCAUGCUCCGUGGUGUUUCGCUGGACAAUCACG